AGAUAACUUACUUGGGAGACUCGACACAUUUCCUUCAUGGCCUCCUGCCGCUGUCUGCCUUACUUGUUUACUCCUGCAGGGUGACUUGGUGACCGUAUCUUGGUGACCGUAUCUUGGUGACCGUAUCUUGGUGACCGUAUCUUGGUGACCGUAUCUUAGUGACCGAAUCUUAGUGACUAUCCUGGUAAACGUAUCCUGGAUGACCGUAUCUUAGUGACCAUAUCCUGGUGACUAAAAUAUUGCUUAUGAUAACUACGGUAUUUACAUCCUGGUGAACCAAUAACAUAAAUGGUGAACUAGAAACAGCUGAGAAAGUGAAGUGUAGUGACAAUUGUACAGUUUAUCCUAUUUUGGUGCUUCUUGGUGACUGACCCCCACCUCCAAUAUGGCGGACGGUUCAGGGUCACCAGGACAAAGGUCAGAGGUCACGGUGAUAGAUGAGGCCUUGUACUCCCGCCAGCUGUACGUCUUAGGUCACCAGGCCAUGACCAGGAUGGGCCACUCACAUGUUUUGGUCUGUGGUCUGGGCGGUCUAGGAGUGGAGGUCGCCAAGAAUGUCAUCCUUGGCGGGGUCAAAUCCGUGACCUUACACGAUACGAAGUCGGUGACCCAGCAUGACCUCUCGACCCAGUACUACCUGUGUCCCUCUGACCUGGGCACCAACCGAGCUCUCGCCUCAAGGUCACGUCUCGCUGAACUCAAUGACCUUGUUGUCGUCAGCGCCUCCGUCAGCCCGCUGAGUCAGGAAUACCUGGCGAGUUUCAACGUGGUGGUGCUGACAGACUAUGAUUUGGAUGAACAGUUGAAAGUGUGUGGGUGGUGUCGUGAGGUGGGCGCGGCCUUCGUCAGUACCUCUACAAGGGGCGUCUUCGGGCAGCUCUUCUGUGACUUCGGCAGUUGUUUUACGGUGGUGGAUGAAGAUGGCAAAGAACCCGUGUCUCUUGGUGUUGUAGACGUCACCAGGGAGGCUCGUGGUGUGGUGACCUGCCUGGUGAAGAGGCGUCUUGGCUUGAGGGAUGGUGACCUGGUGACCUUCUCUGGUCUCAAGGGCAUGACACAACUCAAUGGCUGCCCCCCUACGACGGUCAAGGUUCUCGGGCCCUCCACCUUCAGUAUCGGCGACACGAGGUCCUUCUCCGAGUAUGAGGGCGGAGGAGUAGCGGCUCAGGCUAAGGUGCCCAAGACAGUUAGUUUCAAGUCCUUAAAGGAGUCUCUCGCUGCUCCAGUCUUCGUGGUGACGGACGAGCUCAAGUGUGAACGGUCCGAGUUGUUACACAUUGCUUUCCAGGCGCUGCACGAGUACGUCAGGGUAGAAGGGUCGCUCCCUCGGCCCUGGGAUGACCAAGAUGCCGAUAAGUUCCUCAAAGUUUUCCAUGUCGUGAACGGAGUCAGUCCAGCCAAGGUAGAGGACGUAGACGAGAAUAUCGUGAGGACGUUCUCCAAGGUGUCCUCAGGAGACGUGGCGCCCAUGAACUCCGUCAUGGGUAGCGUCGCGUCCCAGGAGGUGAUAAAGGCUUGCUCGGGAAAGUUCAGUCCGGUUUACCAGUGGUUGUACUUUGACGCUGUAGAGUGUCUGCCAGGGAACGCGUCUCACCUCAGCCCGGGCGAUUUCUCCCCCCGAGGUUCCCGCUACGACGCCCAGGUGGCUGUGUUGGGUCGGCAACUCCAGGAUAGACUCGGGAGUUUCAAGGUGUUCGUUGUCGGCGCUGGAGCCAUCGGGUGUGAACUUCUGAAGAACUUGGCCAUGAUAGGGGUGGGCUCGGCCGAGGGUGGAGGCAUCACACUAACGGACAUGGAUCACAUUGAGAAAAGUAACCUGAACCGACAGUUUCUCUUCAGGUCUUGGGACAUCAAAAAAUCUAAAUCAGUGACGGCUGCUGCUGCCAUCAAGAAAAUGAAUCCGGAUGUUAACAUCACAGCGCAUCAAGUUCGCGUUGGUCCAGAAUCUGAACAUGUUUACAACGCUGACUUUUAUGAGAGUCUGGACGUGGUCACCAACGCUCUGGAUAAUGUAGAGGCUCGUCGGUAUAUGGACCGCCGUUGUUGGUACUACAGGAAACCCAUGUUGGAGUCAGGGACCCUGGGUACGAGAGGAAGUGUUCAGGUGGUACUGCCGCACGUUACUGACCGCUUCAGGGCCGGCCAGGGCUCCAGGGAAGAAGGUGUCCCUCUGUGUACACUCAGGAGUUUCCCCAAUUGUAUUGAGCACACACUGCAGUGGGCGAGAGACCUGUUUGAGGGUGAGUUCUGCCAGUCACCUGAGACAGCGAGACAGUACCUGCAGGAGGAAGAUUUUAUAGCACGAUCCAGUAACCUUCCCGACCCAGAUUACAGAGCAACUCUGGCUGUCUUGAAGUCCAAGCUGGUCGACGACGCACCGCACAGCUUCUCAGACUGUGUGUCCUGGGCGAGGAGACACUGGGAGACCAACUUCCAUAACCAGAUCGUGCAGUUGCUUGAAUACUUCCCGUCCAGCUACAGGACCAACACCGGGGAUCUCUUCUGGUCAGGGUCUAAGCGGUGUCCUCACCCUCUCCACUUCGACGUCAGUAACUCACUCCAUCUGGACUACGUGGUGUCGGCGGCCAACCUUCUCGCCCAGGUGUACGGCAUUCCUCAGUGUAAGGACCGCUCGCAGGUAGCUCAGCUGGUGGCGACGGUCAAGGUACCACCAUACGUCCCUGAAGCCAGAAGUGAGGCUGACGAUGAAGACGCCGAGACGAAUAUUUUAAGUGUACACAUGCGAGAGAAGUCCCUCACCAACCUCCAGGACGCCAUCACCCCCAGGGAGGGCCUCCACAACCUCACCCUCACUCCUCUCACCUUCGACAAAGACGACGACGAGAACCAUCACAUCGACUUCAUCGUGGCGACGUCUAACCUACGAGCUCUCAACUACGACAUCGAACCUGCAGACCGCCACAAGAGUAAAGGGAUCGCCGGGAGAAUAAUUCCGGCCAUCGCCACCUCCACGGCACUGGUAGCCGGUCUGGUGUCAUUGGAAUUAAUAAAGGUAGCUCAGGGACACACCGACAUCGAAUCCUACAAGAACAUGUCCUUCAAUCUGGCUCUCCCCCUCCUCAUCCUCUCUGUGCCAGAUCCUCCGCCCGUGUACCAGUAUAACGAGGUAAAGUGGACGACGUGGGAUAGCUUCGAGGUGGAGGGGGAGGUCACGAUGAAGCAGUUCCUUGACUACUUUCGGGUUCACCACGGGCUGGAGGUCAACCUGGUGGCCUCAGGUGACCUCACACUCUACUCUGACCUUUUCUCCGACACCCAGAGGUCAAAGAUAAUGACUCAGACUGUGACCGAGAUCCUGCUGGAGGUGAGUGAUGGCGGAUCCUCCACACCAAUGAAUCGUACCCUCAUGUUAGAUAUAGGCGCCAGUGACAAAAGCGGAGAGAUUGUUGCUGUACCCCACGUAAGGUACACGGUACACAGGGCCUAAGAGAGGUACACAAGUAACUUAUAACACUUCAAGAAAAUUUUUAAUAAAUAAAUAUAUAAAUGACAA